AAUCCCAAUUUCCCUAUUUGCCUCUUCCAGUCUUCCCUCUUUCUUCUUCGGCUCUUCCCUUCCCAAGUUCGCAGUUCGCAACUUCUCCGGCAGCUGGCACUCCCUCACAGCGUCACUCCCAGUCCCAGUUCCCUUCAGCUUCAGCUUCACCUUCCCUUCCCAGUUCCCUUCCCACUUCGCGGUUCGCACAGAGUCGGCGACGGCGAGUUCAAACCUCCUGUUCCAGAUCGGUAGAUCCAGUCUUCCCCUUCGGACUUCGGUUUCCACCUUCCCAACUUCGCAGCUCGCACUCUCGCAGACUCGCAGUUCUCCUUCGGACAUUCCGUCCUUCAGACUUCAAAGAUUUGGGGACAAAUUUGCAAGAUGGACAUAAUUUCUCAAUUACAGGAACAAAUAAAUACAAUUGCAGCUCUUGCCUUCAACACCUUUGGUACACUGCAAAGGGAUGCUCCUCCUGUCCGACUUUCACCAAAUUAUCCAGAACCACCUCCUAAUCCUACAGGUGAUUCAGUGAAUACUGCAGAGCAAACGAAGACCAUGAGUGCUGCUCUGGUCAAGGCUGCUAAGCAGUUUGACGUGUUGGUUGCGGCACUUCCACUGUCUGAGGGAGGCGAAGAAGCUCAACUGAAAAGGAUCGCUGAACUACAGGUAAGAAAUUUACUGGGAUACAGCUUCCCCAUCCACCAUUGUUUUUAUACUUCCAUCUUUCUUCUGCACAAUUUUAUCCAGGCUGAAAAUGAUGCUGUGGGCCAAGAGCUGCAGAAGCAAUUGGAAGCUGCAGGUUGGCCAUUAUUCGAUGUUUUCCUCUUUUGUCUAUUUUUUCAUUUUUUUGGCCAGGCCUCUAAUAUUUCUACUUGUUGAAAGUGCUAAUUUACCAGUAGGUUAGCACUUUUGAGGCCAUCUCCUUCCUUUGAAGAGCAAAAAUUUAGUAACUCUAUUGCUUUCAAUAGGUCUAAAGGAUGGACAAUUAUUUCCACUAUUUAAAAUUUAAGAAGUAAACAUUAGAACCCUGCUACAGCUUUUCAAAUUCCUAUGUUUGGAAAUUAAUCUGAUUAGAUUUCUAAGUGGCAUGUGGACCUCAUACGAGGACUGUGAAAAUAACCCCAGCCUAUGAGGAUUAACAUGUAGAGGUUUCUGAGUUAUGCCUCAUUGAUAUUCUUGAGAGGGAACUGAAGAAUUCGAAGUCUUCCAUUGAGUACAAUGUGAUGGGCCUUAGAAAGGAUUUUUUUUCGAAUUAGCUAUCAUAAUUUGUUUUGGUUUUUGAGCAUUUUCCUUUUUAUUUGUGAGGACUCAUUUUCCUUUCUUAAAUUGCACCCCCCUCUCUCUCUCUCUCUCAAUAUAUGCUACAAGAAAAGAAAGAUGAGGCCAAUGAGUGCCACCCUCGUUUUCCUUCCUUUCUCGACUCCCACCAUUUCACAUUAAGCGCAUCGUGUUAACUAUAUGAGCAAUGAGCAUCUGGGCCCUUAUUCAUCUCUCUCAAAGCUUGCCUGCCUUGCUCUGUUUGUCUUUGUGAAACUUUUUGCCUGUAAAGCAUUUUCCUUUUAAGAACUCUGUGUAACACACGGUUACAAUUUGUAAGGUAGAAUAGAUAAGAAAUGAAGUCCACUGAAGUGUUCGAACAAAUGAAUCAGCUGUCUCUUGUGAUAUUUCUUGGUAGUUGGUGCCAGUACAACAUCCUUUUUCGCCUCUUCAAAAAUAUCUCAUUCAGUUUCUGUUAAAUGAUUCCUAUUUUGGCUAAUUAAAGUACUUAUUUCUGUCAAAAGUAAGUAUUACUCCCAAAUCUGCUACCAAAUGAAGCUAUUUACAGAUUUUUUUUUUUUCUGAAGAUGGAUAAAAUGAACUUUGAGAAUCCAUGCCUCCAUGUUUAGAAAGUUCUCUAGCCACUUGUGAGAACCUUAAAAUUGACUUGCUGUAACCGCUGUAUAGUGUACCUGUGUGUCGGUGGUUGGGCACCCAUUUGAUUUAAAGUUCAGCAGCCUGUCGUGUUCAACAACUAGGCUUUCAUAAAAAUCAUUUGUGGUGAGCUACACGAACCUUCCAUCUCCACUGCAACGAUAACAAAUCCAUGGACGUUGCAAACAAAUGGGAUAACCAAAAGAACUAGGACAUCUUGCUAUAAUUGGACAAUUCAUGCUGCAAUACCACUCUUUUUGUCUCUGUAGUUUUAUAUAUUUUUGUCUUUAAAUUACUGAUAAUUCAGCUAGCGCCACAGCUAAUUGUUGCAAAAUUAUUGUUGUUGCCAGAGAAGGAGUUGAAGCAAGUCCAGGAAAUGUUCAGCCAAGUUGCUGAUAUUUGCUUGAACUUGAAGAAACCAGAUUGAAGUUGGGGAUGGAUGUACCCAUUUGUGAUCUUAUGUUGAUACCUCAACAUGUAUAUAUGUGGGUAUUUGACAUUUUGUUUUAUACAAUACGAGUUCCUGCUAGUUGUGUUCCUUGAUUCUUUUAGGGUCAGUUUGGAUCAAGGAUUUUACUUGGAGAAAGGAAAGGAAAAUAAGAAAGAAAUUUAUCUUCCACUA